CUGUGAGCGCUGCCUAUUCCAGCGACCGUCGGCCAGCACCGUCGCCAUUUUUGUUGUUCAGACGCAGGAGAAAUUUCGGGGCAAUAUUUUUCUCCUAACUUCAAAACCCUUUCAGUGUGCACAAGAUUGGCUUCAAUAUGAACAACAGUCCACAUGGGAUGGCCCCAUGGCAUGGAGGCAGUGGACAUGCACAAGGGGGAGGGUGGUAUGCUGGUCCACCUGGACACUAUGGAGGUUACGGAGGCUCGUAUAAUGGUCCACCAGGACCCCCUCCACCUGGCUGGAAUGGUUACGGACCUGGUGGAGGUGGCAAUGGUGGCGGCAAUUAUGGAGGAUAUGGUGCAUAUCAAGCCUCUUGGGGAUAUGGUGUACCACCUGGACUAUCUGGCCCACCUCCACAACAACCACAAUCUGACAAUGGUAACAAUAAUAAGAACAACAAUAGUUCUGGAAAUAGCAAUAACCCUCCUCUUCCACCUGGUCCUCCACCAGCUGGCCAGAAUCCAGAAAGUGAUGGACAGGAUAAGAUGAAUAAUUUAAACACAACCAGCAACAAUUCUCCAGGAAAACAUCAAGAUAGCAGUAAUCAACAAAAUGCUAAUGUUCCACCACCCCAACAUUAUGCUAGUCAGGAAUACAGUCAGGGUUAUAAUCACAACUAUAACCAGCCGUAUUGUCCAAGUUACGAUAAUUAUAGCGGCUACACUGGUGGAUGGUAUGGCCCCUCUGGGCCUCCAAGAGGGCCGCCAUCAAACUACAAUCAGCCACCUGUGGGUCGAGCAAACUCGCCAGUUGCCUCUGGUGGUCCUGUAAAAUUUAAUCUUCCAAGUAAAAAAGGCCUUGGGUAUAAUGUCUUGCAGCAACAACAACAGGCACAGCAAACACAACAGCAAGCACAGCAGGCACAACAACAAGUACAGCAGCAGCAGCAGAUACAACAACAGCAGCAGCAGCAACAACAAAUACAACAACAACAGCAGCAGCAGCAGCAGCAGCAGCAACAACAACAACAGCAGCAGCAGCAGCAGCAGCAGCAACAACAUCAUGAACAUCAGCAACAGCAGCAUUAUCAGCAACAUAAUACUAGUCAUAAGAGUAAGAAGAAUAAAAAGAAUAAAACUAAUAUAGUCAUGUCCAACAACCCAUGGAACAAGAUGCAGUUUAUGAAUAACCAGCAACAGCAGCAGCAGCAGCAACAGCAACAUCCUUCCAUUAGUUCAUUAACUGGAAAAGAAAAUGCAGAUGGGCAGCCUCCAUCCAAUAACGCCUCAGUUAAUGAAAGCCAAAAUGCAAUAAACAAUACUCAAGAAACAAAAGCAGUCAAAGAUAUAAAAGGAAUGACUGGAUUAGUUGCAAGUGGGGAUUGGCCUGAAAGUCUGAAGGCUUACGUUGGGCGGUGUUUUGCUCGCUGUGUCACAGAAUUGGACAAAGACCAAGUUGAAAUAUGUCUUAAGGGGAAGCUUACACAAGCAGCAAAUAAUGGAACACUGUGGACUAAAGGGGGAAUUCACCCGUGUCCUACUUCAAAUGGCGCUCGGAAAAUCACAGAAGUAUUUCAACCCCAACUCCCGGUUGUGCAGAAUUGGGACGAAGAAUCUCUUCCCAGCAUACACAGUGCAUCCGCAGUUAACUUGGUGUCACACGUGAAGACCUGGAGUGCUACCAGUGAUGCGGGAUCAGACACAAGUUCCACUAGUCCUAUGAAACAGCAAAACAAGAAGUCACCUUUCAAGAAGCAAAUGGUGUCUCCUGGGUACUCUGCCCGAGGAUUGAGAACACAUCGAUCAAAGUCUCAUUCAAGAUCUCACUCCCGAUCGAAAUCUCGUUCCCGAUCAAAAUCCUAUUCACGGUCAAGAUCACGAUCCCCUAUGUACAGAAAAGGAAAACGUGAUGGUAAACGCCGCCACACCUCCUCAGAUUCUGAAGAUGAAAACAAGACUUUUAUACGGCUGAAUUCAAAGAAAGGACGAAGCCCAGUGAGUAGUCGAGGAGGAAAAGGCAAGAAGAUUAAGGCAAAGAACAAGUUAGCGGAUUCCCAUUUCUACUCAAGACAUGGUCGUAUGAGUCUUGAUCCCGAGUUCAGUACCUCUGAGAGGCUGCAGAAGAGAGCUGCUCGUUUUAAUGCUAAUGAAGUUGGAAGUCCAAACAUAGGGGGUCCAAGAGUAGGGGGUCCAAGAAUAGGUGGUCCAAGAGCAGGUGGUCCAAGAGCAGGUGGUCUGGGCCUAGGGGCUCCAAAUCCAGGAUCUCAACGGAAAAAGAAGCAAAUCAAUAUUACUAAAACUAUUAGUAACACCUUUACAGUGGAUGGAGAUGAUAUUGACUGGACAUCAAUGCACAUUGUAGGAACCUCAACUGCUCUUGAAAAGCCUUACCUUCGAUUAACAACAGCACCUGAUCCUUCUACAGUCAGAACAGUGGAUACCCUGAAGCGCUCUUUGGAGCACAUCAAACGUCAGUGGGUGCGCAACCAAGAUUACAGAUAUGCCUGUGACCAGCUCAAAUCGUUACGACAAGACUUGACCAUCCAAGGUGUCAGAGAUGACUUUACAGUUCAGGUAUAUGAAACACAUUCUCGAAUUGCCUUGGAAAAAGGAGAUCACGAAGAGUUCAAUCAGUGCCAGAGUCAGCUAAAGCAGCUGUAUGGUGAAGUGGGCGGAGAAAACACACUUGAAUUUAUAGCUUACAGACUCCUUUACUACAUCUUCACCAAGAACACCCUAGACAUAACAUCUCUAAUGGCUGGUCUUACAGUGGAGCAGAAGCAGGAUGAGUGCAUUGGUUUUUCCCUUAAGUUACGUGCAGCAUGGUCACUGGGAAACUAUCAUCGUUUCUUUCAGCUUUACCGAAAUGCUCCAAAGAUGGCCGGAUAUCUUGUCGACUGGUUUGCGGAGAGGGAGAGAAAGCAGGCAUUAAGGGCGAUGCUUAAAGGCUAUCGGCCGGGUAGUCUAGAUGUCAGUUUUAUUAAGUCGGAGUUGGCUCUCGGAACUCAAGAGGAAUGGCAGAAAUUUGAAAGCAGCAUAAGUUUAGUGUAUACCGAUGUGUCAAAAUCGAAAAUAGACUGCAAACAAUCUACCGCUGAUGUUAUUGCAACAUAGCACGUUAUGCUUGAAAGAGGACAAUGGCAAUGAUAUAUUUCAUUGGAAACCUAGUGGAAGUGCUUAAAGACUGGUGUCAAACUGAAGAUUUGUCUUUAAAAAGUUGAGCAUUGAGGGGUAGGUGGCUGGUGUGUGUAUGUGAUGGCUGUUUAUUGUAUUUUAAUGACAAGAUGGAGUUCUAGACUUGCUCAUAAAUAUUUGUAAGUAUUUCCAUGAACCUAAAUUGGAGUGCAUGCGUACACAGUGGAUGCAGUUUUUAUGCAUCAAACUCACUUCUCUUAUGAAAAAGGAGAGAUGAAUGUGGAUUUCUCGCUACUAAACAUUCCCUGGUGUAUGGAAAACUGAAAAGUACAAAGUAGAAUUGAACUAAAUUGAAGAACAGUGACCUAAUGUUGUAGGGAAUGCACAAACUUUAACAAAGGGACAGAAAAACUUGGAGACAGACAAAAAACUAAUGGAGGUGAAACUCCUUAGAAGAAGACGAAAUUGAAUUAUCCUGUUGCUUGGACUGUAUUGGAGAACACCCCAUGCAUUCUGUUAACAGAACUUUGUCUUCACUUUUGAUAUAACCUUUUUCCCCAUUAGCCCCAGGCAUUCUUCCUUCCCAUAUCAACAUGAAAUUACAGUUUUAUUUUGUUUUAUCCUUUUCUAUAACAUUUAGUUUAUGUAUGAGUGAAGAUUGUCAUGCAGUCCUUGACAUUCAUUGUACAUAAACAGGCAUGUCAUCCUUAUCAUCAUCAUCAUCAUCAUCAUUAUCAUCGAUUUGAAGUCUGCAACAAUAACACACACGAAAACCUACGAUCUGAAUGAUUAUUGGGGAAGCUCAGUCAUCGGAGCCUUCACCUAGUGUCAGGCAUGUAAGCUGUGAUACAUAACCACAGGACCGUAGGGAGAGUGCAGGGCAUUAGACGGUGCAGGAUCUUCACGACUACUCAGGAUCUUCAGGAUAAUAACGGAUCUUCACGACUACUCAGGAUCGUCAUGGCACCGAGGAAUGUUUAAAGGGCUAAUCAUACAGUUCUCUUGAAAUGUACCUUAUCCUAUACCAUUUUCAGGUACGUAAAGAAUGAAGCAUGGAGAGGGGAUAUUGCAGUUUAAGAACAAGAUAAUAUGCAUUUAUAUUGUCAUACACUGUAAGAAGAAUUCAUUUACUCCAGCAUAAUAUGAGUGAAAGUUUGCUUUUCUAAAUUGGCAAAUGUUCCUCGUCAAAUCACCUUUUCACAUUUGCAGUUUUACAUAUGGUGGUGACAUUCCUUUACAGUUCCAAGUAGCAGGAUUCACAAGUGCAAACAGGGAGACUAAAAGUUACAAUACAGUUUUGAACUCUUGUGGAAUAAUGCAUUCUGGAAGUCAAGAUAAAGCAGUACACUCUAUGGACCAAAGCAGUGAAGUGGACAGUUUAGAGUUGUUUUUGGCUUCCAUUUAUUGGUUGUAGAGUCCUCAGUUUGCUGGUAUUAUCUGAAAGUUUUCAUACUAGGAAUUCCAUCCUCAUACAUGUAGGUUUGGUGUAAAUGAAAAUGCCAGAGGAAGGAAGAUCUUCGGACCAGUUGGGUUGCAGCUCUUUGAUUUUCAUGCCGUCAUUCGGGUAUUAGGGAAUGACAAUACUUUCUACUGGUUGACUGAACCAGUUCUACAGUUGCAAGUUAUCCUUUGAACAGCAGCAGCAAUAGCAGCUUGCAAUGCUCCUACACCCUCCACUCCUGUAGGAUAUCAGAUUGUGGAACAUUGUCUUGUUCCAAAUUGAUCCAGAAUUGUUCCAGUCUCCACCAGUAUUUUACCAGCAGCAUUUCCAGUGGGGCCCAGUAUCUGAAGCAGUGUUCCAGUCUACAAGAAAAGCAGCAGUUCCAGUUGGCAGCAGAGAAGCCGUGGGACAGUUCAUCGGCAGUGCGAAGUGUUCCGGAGCAGCCUUCGAGAGGUCCAGUGUUCAACAUUCAGCAGUUCCAGGAUCGUCCACGAGUGCCAGAAUCAUCACCUACUCCCAUGUCCCUUAUCCCUCUUCUUGCCCUUUCCGUUCUUCUGUCUCCUCUUCGAUGUCUGUCACACUGCUGUUUUCACUCUCACCCCAUCUCCAUAUUGAUCUCUCUUUUCUCAAUUCCCCUUCUCCCUCUUUUCACUCUCCCUAUUUAUCUUCCCCUAAGCUCCCUUUAUCUACUGCUCUGUGUUUUUCCUUCCCCCCCCCCCGUCCCCCACACACACACACACACAAAUCGCCUCCGCUUCCCUUUCAUGUACUUUCCCGUCCUCUUCCCCCCUCUCAUCCUCUCCCACCACCAUUAUUUUUCACCCCCCAUCCUCUUCUUCCCCCUCCCAUCCUCUCCCCCCCUCCCAUCCUCUCCCCCAUCAUCCUCUCCCCCCCCCAACUGCCUCCCCUCUCCCUUUGUCAUGUCUCUUCCCCCCCCCCCUCCUUUUCUUUCCCUCCUCUCUCUCAUGUGUCCUGUCUUCCUUCUCAAGGAUCUGGAUUAAGGGCCUACUUGGUCUGAAGCUGAAGGGAAGGGAACUAUCAGGAGAAAGCACCAAGCCAUUAGGACUAUAUAGCACUGGGAAGGGGUCAGGAUAAGGAUUUGGGAUGGGACGGGGAGGGUAGGGAAUGGUGCCCAACCACUGGGACGGUCGGGGAUUGAACGCCGACCUGCAGGAACCGAGACCAUCGGAUCUGAAGUUGAGCCAUUAUUUUGGGCCUACACUGGUUACUCAAAUAUAAAACAAUAGACUUUGUUACGAGCUCAUAGUAUUUUUAGGUAGUAAGGCUCAUAUUUUUUUUUUUUUUCAUGAUGGAAAAUUUGUAAGAACAAGAUCUUGAUUUAUUAUGUAUGGUAAAUCAUCUUUCUAUAGAGAAAAUACUGUGCUUUAGCCUGAAGUUUCAGUACCCUCGGUACUCUAUUUUUUAGCCUCUUGCCCCCCCCUCCUUUCUCUUUCUUCACUAUUUUCCUCUACACAUCCCUGCCUCUGUCCACCUGCCACACCUCCCCUAGCUUUUUUUUUUAUAUAAAUUUUUUUUUAUAAAUUAUAUUUUGCAAUUUGAAUUGUGCAGGCUACCACAUUUUUCAUAUUUUAUUACAAAACAGCACUUCAACACACACAGUGUGUUCCUCCUCACAUAGACAGACAUUUUUAAGAUUAGCGUAUGUUCAAUAUGUUGCAGGAAUCCACAACCUGUUCAAUAUGUUGCAGGAAUCCACAACCUGUGUCUAGUGUGCCACUCUUCAUUUUAAUUUUGUUUGCUAUCAGCUCAAUCAUGAUCAUGUAAUGCACUUUGGUAUAGUAUAAGGUCAUGAGUCUCCCAUGAGUUGUUGUUGGUUAAAUUUGAGGUGGAUUAAGUUGUAGUGUAUUUAGGCCCCCCUUCUGUAGUUUGAGGAAGUUGCACAGAAAUCUAGUUUUGUAUCAAAGAUAUAAAAAAGAAGUGUCUUUUGUAUUGCUUUGUCAUAAGAUUCCUAUAGGUAGUAGUCUAGUACUAUGUUACCUAUUAAUAUAUAUAUAUAUACUUAUUAGUUUUUAACUAUCAGUGGAUCAUUUUCUUUGUUAAUAAUUUAAAAGCAUAUUGUCAUGAAAUAACUCAGUGUGAAACCUGUGACUGUUACAUUGACAAUUAUUUGUACAUACCAAUGACUACUGUUGUUAAUAAAUUAAUCAAAAUAA